AUGGACUUCAUGCCCGGAAAGCCACUCCAGGAAGCGUGGAAGGGGAUGGACUCCACCCGCAAACAGCGUGUAGCUGAAGAACUACAUGGCCAUAUAUCUGAACUCCGCAAGCUGAAAGGUUCCUACAUUGGCGCUUUAGGCCGGGGGAAAGCUAUCAUAGGCAAGUUUUCGUCUCUUGAGGGCGGACCUUUCGACUCAGAGCAGGAAUUCAAUGAGUUCAUCCUAGUCGACAUGGUGAGAACGGCUCCAGAUCUUCAUCGACAUUAUACCAAGCAUGCCUUGAGCGGUGAUCACGAGAUUGUUUCUACUCAUGGGGAUUUCGCCCCCCGCAAUAUUUUAGUUGAUGAAGAAGGAUAUGUCACAGCUAUUCUGGACUGGGAGAGUGCCGACUGGCCAAUCUAUCUCGCUCAGAUUCUUCCGCCUAAGUACGAAAAGGAAUAUAUCGGCAUGACAUUUCUUAAUUUAUUUCUACGAACUUAA